GAGGGAUAAAUUUGUGGAUGGAUGGAUGGAUGGAUGGAUGGAUUUGUGGAUUGAUUUGUGGAUGUGUGGGAGGAUGAAUGAAUGGGUUGAUGGAUGGGGCAGGAACAUGUAAUUGCAAAAGUAUAAGGCAAAAAUAUGUUGGAUAUAUGGAUGAAUGGAUGAUGGCCAGACUUCACCUUCAGUGCCCUGAAGAGUUUUUUUUUUUUUUUUUUCUUUCAAAUCAUACUUCUGUCAGAGUGUUUGUGUUUACUUAUAGGGAAGUAUAACUCUACAAACACACACACACACACACACACACACACACACACACACACACAAUAUCUAUCCAGUAUUUAGUGUGAGAACAGGUAGUGGGAGUCGAGGUUGAAGCAGGCAGUCAUGAGAACCGUCACCUCCAUCAGUUUCUCAGUGCUUGGUCUUUCAGCGCUGUGGCUGAUGGAGAACUCACUGGCUCUUACCGUCACUGGAUCUGUGGGAAGCAACAUCUCAGUCACCUGCAGAUAUCCUGAAACGUACGAGAAUAACAGCAAGUUCUUCUGCCAGAUGAGCGAUUCGUUUGCUCAGAGAGAUCCUCAAAGUGUUCAGACGACCCGGAGAGAGACGAGGUCUGAACGAGGGAGAAUGACUCUUCUGGAUGACACCAGCUCUCAUGUUCUCACAGCUCUCGUCUCUAGACUGGCUCCAGAAGACUCUGGAAAGUACUGGUGUGGUGUAGAUAUCAGUCUGCUGCCUGACUUCACCUCCGAGAUCUGGUUAACAGUCACCAAAGGUGAGAAACACCAGAGCUGAAGACUCACUGUCCUACUGAAUAUCCUUAAUAUAUGAGCAGUUGAAGUGAUGUGACUGUCCUCAAAGGCUCUGUGUUUGUUAUUUAUAUUCUCUUCAUUUGUCAUUUUGUCCAUAAACAUACAUUUAUCUGU